CAAAGAAAAGAGUAGAAGUCAAAACGAAAAAAAUUUAUCGCAAUUAACAAGGAAAUCACAAUCAGAUUUAAAAGAAAAGAAAUUAUUUAAGCAGUUUAUCCUUAAUAAAAAAUUAAGUAACCUACUGGAAAGUGUAAAACAUAUACUUCACCAUUGAUAAAGUAUUGUGUGUAAAUAAAUAUCGAAGCCGCAUAAAAACUUUGCACUGCGAAGCAAUCCGAGUCAUCUGCUCAGCAACAGCAAAAGUGCAUAGAAGGGGCGGAUUACAGCGGUGACAACGAAAAGUGCAAGACAAAUUUAUUGAAAAUUCUCGAAUACCGUAUAAUAUUUUUCAUAUCGCUAAUAGACCUGUGAUUUCAUUAAAUACCGAUAUAUAACUAGCGCUGAUAUAUUUGGUGUGAAAACUUAUAACUUGAGAAUCUUUCAUACUCGGGGGAUACGUUACCAUAUACACAAACAACCUUACACACACAUAUAUAUUCAGAAUCCCUCCAGCAUAAGCUAUUUCUACUUAAUUUGGGAAAAAGGAAAUACAUAAAAUGAUGGUUGAAUCCGAUGGUACUGCUGAUGCUACACGACGCCUCAACGUCAAGAAACAAACUCUUGACGAUGCUUAUGCGGUGCCAGCAAAUUUCUUAGAAAUCGAUGUGGUCAAUCCACUGACAACUAUGGCAGCAGGCAAGAAACGCUAUACGGACUAUGAAGUCCGAAUGCGGACAAAUUUGCCAGUUUUCAAAGUAAAAGAAUCUAGCGUACGUCGUCGAUACAGCGAUUUCGAAUGGCUGAGGAAUGAACUUGAACGCGAUAGCAAGAUUGUUGUUCCGCCCUUGCCUGGAAAAGCAUGGAAACGCCAGAUGCCAUUUCGCGGCGACGAAGGCAUAUUCGAUGAAAAUUUCAUUGAAGAGCGGCGCAAGGGAUUAGAAGCCUUCAUUAACAAAAUUGCUGGCCAUCCAUUGGCGCAGAAUGAGCGGUGCUUACAUAUGUUUUUGCAGGAGAAUGUGAUCGAUAAGAACUAUGUGCCCGGCAAGAUUCGUAACACAUAAAAGGCAAUAGGUUAAGGUCCAACAAGAUUGCGGGGAAUGUGUGCCGAAAGAAAAAAGUGGUUGUUAAUGUUACUCGAGUGCACACGUACUGGGGUAUUAUGCUGAAUGAAAUGGGGAAAAAUAUAAAAAGUAAAUAUAAAUAAACAUAUGCAUACAUACAUUGAGAGAUUUAACUGCUCAGAAGGUUUUCUUUUUCAAAAUUCGCGUUUAUAUAACAUUUAAAUAAUAUAUUUAUUGUAUGAAAUGGUCGUUAUAGAUAAUCUACUAUAUGCAUAUACAUACAUACAUCUAUUUUCGAAUUCUAAUACUAUUUUAUCUUUAAUAAUGUGCCGACAAAAAAAUAUAAAUAUAUAAACAUAAAGUAAUAAAUGAAACAUUGCAAAAGGCUUAUAAAAUUGAAAUAAAGCUGAUUAAAAAUGAAGAAUAAGAUUUAGGACAAAAAUGAAGAGAUAAAUAUUUGGUAGUACGAUCAAUCGAACAAAAAUUGUAUAUUAUUAUUAUUAAAUACAUAUAUGUAAUACCUUAUAAUUGCAAAGUAGUCAUUUUGACGUUAUGUAUUUUGUAAAAAAAUAAGUUAUGUUUACAAAUAAUUGCGGAUUUCUAAAGUUGUUCUAUGAAGUGAAAGAAAUACAAGUUUAGAAAUGGGGUCUGUUAAAUUUUUUUACGUAGCAGGCAAUAGUCUUGUAUAAACGAAAGAGUAAAUAAAUUCCUAAAUGUACAUUUAAUAUCGUA